UAAAGGCUCGGCGCAGGCGCAGUCGGCGAAGAUACCGGCGGCUUGAGCGCGUUGUCCCGGAGCUGCGGCGGCCAUGGACGACGAGGAGGAGACGUACCGGCUGUGGAAGAUCCGCAAGACCAUCAUGCAGCUGUGCCAUGACCGUGGCUACCUGGUGACCCAGGAUGAGCUGGACCAGACGCUGGAAGAGUUCAAGGCGCAGUUUGGGGACAAGCCGAGCGAAGGGCGGCCACGGCGCACAGACCUCACGGUGCUGGUGGCCCACAACGACGACCCCACUGACCAGAUGUUUGUCUUCUUCCCAGAGGAACCUAAGGUGGGGAUCAAGACCAUCAAGGUGUACUGUCAGCGGAUGCAGGAGGAGAACAUCACCCGCGCCCUCAUCGUGGUGCAGCAGGGCAUGACCCCCUCCGCCAAGCAGUCCCUGGUUGACAUGGCUCCCAAGUACAUCCUGGAGCAGUUUCUGCAGCAGGAGCUGCUCAUCAACAUCACCGAGCAUGAGCUGGUUCCGGAGCACGUCGUCAUGACCAAGGAGGAGGUGACCGAGCUGCUGGCCCGGUAUAAACUCCGAGAGAACCAACUGCCCAGGAUCCAGGCCGGUGACCCGGUGGCCCGCUACUUUGGGAUAAAGCGGGGGCAGGUGGUGAAGAUCAUCCGGCCCAGCGAGACCGCGGGCAGGUACAUCACAUACCGGCUGGUGCAGUAGGCGUCCCGCUCCCGGGGUCCUCCUGCCUGGAGGCAGCGGCUCAGGCUGGUCUCUGCUCGGACGACAGACGGCGUUCUUCCUCCCGUGCACGGCCUGGACUCCUCUCCCGGGCGGAGGGCGUGGCGGUGGGCCUGCCCUCUGGGAACCAGACCCCCUGGAGCCUCCCCGCUGCUCUUCGGCACCCCCGUGCUGAAGGUCUGUGCGGCCUCCGCUGGACCCCGCGGCGCCUCCGGAGGGAACCGGCCGCCGCCCGGUGACAGACCGCAGCGCUGGGUCCAAGUCUCCGGCCCCCAACACCAUGUGGUCCCGUGCCCUGUAGGGUGGCCCCAGGGCCUUCUGUGAGCACGCCAGUGGCGGCAGGGAGCCAGCUGCUGCUUGCUGCGGGGGCGGGGGGGGGUGUGUGAAAUUGGAAGGUAUUUGAGUAAAUAAAUUGGCCGGUCUGAGAAAGGCAGGAUGACAGGUUUGCGACGAGUGGCCUGGCCUGAGGCUCCGGACCCCUCAGGAGAACUCGGGGCCCCUUGGUUCUGUGGCACCUGCUCCCCAAGGGUGGCCGUCCGUGCUCGUCCCGCCCGAGUCUGCAGUGGGCGUGGGCGGCGCGCCGGGCCCUGUCCCCUCCUGAGCCGCCUCGUUUUCCGGGUGCUCGCCCCGCACAAAGGUGCGCGGUGUCCUGCGGGGCCUGUUGCAGGAAGUCUUCCCGGGCCGGCUUUUCACUCUGUUGUCGUAACUGCUUUACGGGAUAGAACUUCCAUGCCACGCAGAUCACCCGUUCGCAGCGCACCGCUCGGUGGCUUUUAGCACCGUCAGGGUUAGAACUUGUCCCCCGGAGGAAACCUCGUCCCCGUCCCCGUCCCGCCCCCACGAGCCCCUUCCGUCCGUGGAGGAGCCUGUUCUGGACGCGUCACGCACGUGGACUCGCACCCGCGUGGCCUCACGUCUGGUUCCCUCCCUGAGCGCUGUGUGUUCGGGGCCGUCCGCGGGGCGGCGGGUGUGGGCGCCUCCUGCUUGCGGCUGAAGGGCGUGCGCGGCGGACACGCCAGGGUAUCGGCUUCCCCACCAGCGGACCGUGAGCUGUUCGCGGGUUGGCAGAGUAACGUUGCUGUGGGCGUUCGUGUGGGAGUUCCGCGUGGACGUGCCUUUUCAUCUUUUCCGGGUGUGUAUCUGGUAGUGGAGGCCGGGUGCCCGUUGGAGAAACUGCCGGGUGGGUGGCGGCGCUCGCGCCCACCGCCCGCCGCGGCUUCCCUGCAGGGAGCCGGUCCUCAGCGCCGUCGUGGCUGCCUUUCCCCGACGCCCAGCCGCACCGUGCGGCUGUCGUGUGCUUCUCGGCCAUUUGCACGUCGUCUUUGGAGGGAAGUCUGUUCAGAUCCUUCGCCUGUGGGGGGAGCGGGCUGGCUGUCCGUCUCCCCAGGCUGUCUAUGUGCACAGGUCCUUUAUCAGAUAGUGGUUUGCAAAACCUUACCGUUUUAAUUUCGUAAAUAUCUGUCAUAACCUCGGUAUGUUUGCACGUGGUCUUGACUUCGGGGAUUUGCCCCUGGGGUGGAAUGACUCAGGGAUGCCUGUUUUCUCCCGAGGACAGACGGUGCUGUCGACACUUUGAAUAUCUGGCGGGGCCUUAUCGCCCAAAUCACCACGGUCUCGAUUUGCAGGUCGACAAGGGUCUGUUUCCGGGUCCUCCUGUCUAUGGAUCAGUCCUGGUUUUGCAAGCUGACAGCUUUGUUGUGUGUCUUAGGGGGGUUCAUGUUUCCCUUGCCCCUCCAAACAUACAUACGUUGUUUGUCAAAGUAGGCCAGACACAGAGGAGACGUCCUGCGUGACCCCACUCCCAGGGGGUCCCCAGAGGCGUCCCGUCCACAGAGACAGAGAGUAGGUGGUAGGACCCAGGGCUGGGGCGGGGGGCGGGGAGUCAGUGCUUUGUGGAGACCGGGUGUCAAUAUGGGGCGAUGGAAAGUUCUGGAGACAGAUGGUGGGGGCGGCUGCGCGACAGUGUGAGUGCUUGAUGGCACUGAGCUGUGCUCUUAGAAAUGGUGUGUGUUCUGUAUAUUUUAAUCACGGGG